UGAACCGCUUUCCAACCUAAAACAGCAGUGCAAUAUUUGAUGAAUAUAGAAGUAACUUGAUUUAUUUUUUUCUGCAAACGUCUUCCUAGCUGCGUUUUAUCCAUCGCUGAGUGGAGAGUAACUACGGGCAACGUCGAGUCAUACGCGGCACCGCCAAUCGCAAAACCCGAUUCUUGAAAUUGACUAAUCGGAGAGCGCGUGUGUUAGUCCUCACGACCAAUCAGGAGGCGUUGGUUUACGAUUCCAAACACCAGUCUGUUCAAUGGAAGAGUUUGUCCGUAGUUGUUGUAGUCUUACGUUUGUUGGGUGGAAAAAGACUUCACCAGUUGAAUGGUGUGUUGUUGUUUCUUUUUAAUGAUCCGGAGAGUUUUUUUUUUUCGGUAAAAUGCGCAAUGAGGUUGAGUUUGACGUCGGGAAAGAAUGAGAACAAGACAUUCUCCGAAACAAUCUCCUCCUCCGGUGCACGUCCACGUCGUGGAGAGCACACCGGUGCACGUUCACAUGAGAAGGAGCCCCUGCAGGACCCCGCAGUCGGAAAGGAGCAGAGAUGUUCAGCCGAGAAAUGAUCGUGGGAGGGCAACAAGUCGAGCCCCUUGGAUCCCUCCUGGAAUCGCGUCCUGCAGACGAGAUCAGAGAAGCCGAGUGCAGUCAGAGAACGUCUGGCGAGAAAGUGACGAGCACGACGAUGAGACCGCAAUAUUAAGGAAGAACCUCACCUUGCUGCUCAAAGAGCAACAAAACAGCCAGCGUAACACUCAAGGGCAGGUCCAGUCGUCGGAGACAGAGGUCCUGCUGCGGGCCCUGGUGGAGGCCCAGGUGGAUGGUGUGGCGGUGGCCAACCAACUGGCCUCCUUCAAAGAGACCCUGGACGGCUUGGCUAUUGACAAGCGUCCUUCCAAGCUUCAGACAUCCACGCUCGUGCGGCGGCGUCAGCUUCUCCUGGAGAAGAUGGAAAUCUUUGACAACACCAACCACAGCCUCAGGGACCUCCUCAGAGACUGGAGUCACCACCAGCAGGGGGAAGCAGAGAGACACUGCGAGGAGAAAGAAGCCUACAAGAGGCGACUGGCUGACGUUGAGGCUGAGAAUAUUGUCAGCAUCAUACGCAGACUUGUGUCCAAACUGUCCAGCAAAGAGAAGGAAGUCUCCCAGCUCACAGAGUCCUUGAAUUUUGAGAAGGAACACGCCAAGACCACGGAGGAGCUGUCUAGGAUCUUAGCGUCCACUCGAGACCAUUUGGAGUCUCAGCUCAGUCGACUACAAGCUGAAAAAGUCACAAUGGCCGCUCAGCUGCAGCAAGCCUAUGAGCAACGGCGGGAAAACGACGAUGAGGCGGCCCUUGCGUUGCUUUCCCAGCACGCCGAGCAGGCCGAGGAGGCAUCCAGGCAGAUGGGAGCCAGGCUGCAGGAGAAAGAGUCCCAGCUUGCCCAGGCGUUGUCCACGUGUAGUGAGCUGCGUCUGCGCAUCUCCAAGGAGGCCACGGCCAGAAGUCAGCUGGAAGAAAACAUCACUGCUUUCAAACAGCAGGUGAACGAGUGGAAUGCUCAGCAUCAGAUAGCGGAUGAGCGAAAUCGCGGCGAGAGAGAGGAGCUCCGAGACCAGCUCCACCAUCUGAGCGCGGAGAACACCGCCAUGACACUUGACAAACAGUCCUUGAAGGCUCAGGUGACGUCCGGCGAGGAGAAGCUGCGAGUCGCUCAGGAGGAAACGCGACAGCUCAUGACGUCGUACAAGAAACUCGAAGCCGUGUUGGAAAAGUACAAGAGGAAGGCUCAGCAGGCGGACCUGCAAUGCGAGGAGCAGCGACUGAAGGUGAACGAAGCUCAGCUGGAGGCUCGGGAGGCCAAGGUGGCGCAGGAACGGGAGCAGGAGCAGCUGAGGAAGGAGUUACUGCGCCUGCGCCAGCUGGAGACUCUCCCUGAAUGCCUGCGCAGGAGCGAACAGCAGCUGGCGCAGGCGCAGCAAGAAGCUGACGCCCACCAGAGGAGGAACCUCGAGCACAAUGCCACCCUCGCUGAAGUCAGGCACAAGGUGGAACAACAAGGGUCUCAGUUGGAGGCAUUCCAGCGUAGGAACUUGCUGUUGCAAGAGGAGAACAACGUCCUCAAAGAGAAGAUCCUCAACCUGGAAAGGAAGCUGGAGUCCAUGCGUGUGGAGAACAUGGAGAUGUGUGAGGCACUUAGCCUGAAAGAGGUCAGCGUAUUGAGCGUAGAACAGCAGCUGGACCAGAAAAGCCGCGAGAACGCCGUCCUUCAUCAACAGCUGCAGCAAACCCUGGAGGAUGCCCAGCAGCAGGCCCGGCAAAGCGUGGAGAGGGUCCUGGACAAGGAGCGCAGGUCUCAGUCCAAAGCCCUGGACCUCCAGGAACAGCUGAGCCAAGCCGAGGCCCAGCUCAGUCAGCUGCAUCGGAGCAAGGAGGAGAUGGAACGCCGCUUCCAGAACCAGCUGAAGAACAUGAAGGAGCGUCUGGACCAGUCGGACCAGACCAACCGCAGCCUGCAGAAUUACGUCCGCUUCCUCAAGACCUCCUACGGGAACGUCUUUGGCGAGCCGUUCGCCCACAGCUGACAUCAAAAUUACAUUCCAAUGUCGUUUUUGUUUUUUUAACUCUGAUGUUAUUUCCUCACAUUUUCAGUGGAAAUGAGUAAUCAAGUACAGUACUGUGGUGCCUUGAGAUACGUUUAAUUUGUUUCGUGACAAUGCUGUUUUCUCAAAAUACUUGUGUCUCAAAAUAUAUUUCUCCAUUAAAAUGAAUGGAAGUACAAUUGAUCUGUUCCAGUCCAACCAGAAA